UACCCCAUGAUCCCAAAUUCCUAUGUCUCGUACAAGAACCAUGAUCUGCGAAUGAUUAAAACACUCAGACAAUACAGAGGAUCCAGCGUUGUUCUGUACUCUGUCCUUUUAUGGCGAUUUUCUCAUGCAAAUAAAAAAUAAAUGAACAUUUAACUGAAUAAAUAUAGAAGCUGGGUGAUCCCAUCACUAUCUCUUCAUCAAAUUCUCCAAUCUUUUCGAGUUAAAUUUCUGAAGAAAUUUACGGUUCCAGUUCCCUAACCAGCCAUCAGUGCUCUCAAAUCACACUCCCAUCACGGACUCGGAAUCAAUCAGCCAACUCAAUCCUUGCCAUUUUCUUAUAUUUUUUGGCUAUAUAUCAGAACUCGUCGAAUUUUUUUGAAUCAGAUCAAUGGUGUUUAUGUGAGAGAGUUAGGCCUCUGAAGAACCCCAGAAUCACAAUAGAAAUAGAAGAAGGAAGAGGGAACAGAAAGAAAAACAGGGCACUUGAGAGCAACUGCUUCUGCAUUCAGUCAUUCAAACUUUUCUGGUCUAUAAUCCUCCACCUGAGCUUGAAAAACCUGCACAUGAAUUCGGCAUCUCGACCCGUGAUCAAAAUUUUCUCUUUUAGAGUUAGCAGUUAAUGCCACCUUUUGAACAAGGUUGGGCACCUUCUUUAUUCACAAGAAAUCUGAUGCAAGUGGAGAGAGAAAGUAGAGAGAGAAAGCUUGCGGUUUCAGGUCCGAAUCAUGUCAUUUUCAGGGGAUCUUUUAUGCCUUGUGGAUAUUAUUGAGCUAUAAAAUGUUUGGUACCAGGCUCUGAUGCUUUUGUGGGAUUACUUCUUUGAAACUGGAGAGAAGUGAUGGCCAUGGCUAAUGGAAAAUCCAGAUCUGUCAGGUUCGGAAACGACCUCGAAGCUGCAAAAUUCACAACCUACAAACCAGAAAACAAUGUGAAGCCCACCACCAACAUCAAAGGGACUCAAAUACUCGAUCUAGGCUUGAAGAAGGAAGAACAGAAGAGCGCAGGGAAUACUAGCCGGUCAUUGAAGUCUAAGGUUCUAUCUAGAGUUUUUUCUGAAGAUUACGAAAGAAUCAGGAGAAAGGUCCUUGACCCAAGGGGACCUUCUAUUCACAAAUGGAACAAAAUCUUCCUUGUUGGUUGUUUGGUUUCCCUUUUUGUCGAUCCCCUGUUCUUCUACUUGCCCAGUACUCGAACAGAGGCCUGUAUAGAAAUUGGCAUCAUCCUAGAGAUCGCCUUGACAACUAUACGAACAAUUACUGACUUGUUAUAUAUGAUUCAUAUUUAUAUUCAAUUUCGAACGGCUUUCAUUGCGCCUUCUUCUCGUGUUUUUGGAAGGGGUGAGCUUGUGAUCGAUCCCAUGAAGAUUGCAGAUCGAUAUCUGGCGAGGGGGUUUUUUAUUGACGUCAUCGCCGCUUUGCCCCUACCACAGAUUCUAAUUUGGGGUAUUAUACCAGCGCUCCAAGGUUCAGCAAUGGCUAACACAAGGAAUGUUCUUCGAUUUAUAAUCAUUUUCCAGUAUCUCCCAAGGCUAUAUCUGAUAUUUCCUCUCUCUUCUCAAAUUGUCAAGGCAACUGGGGUUGUGACAGAGACUGCAUGGGCUGGUGCUGCAUAUAACCUAAUGCUUUACAUGCUUGCAAGCCAUGUACUAGGAGCAUGUUGGUAUCUUUUAGCAAUUGAACGCCAAGAUGCUUGUUGGAAAUCUGUCUGCCGCCUCGAAAGCCCAGCUUGCCAAUAUGGAUUUUUUCAAUGCAAGAUAAGAGAUGUGGAUGAGGAGGCCUCCCGGAGUAGAUGGUUUCAAUCAAGUAAUAUCACAAGCGUCUGCAGCACAACCAGUAAUUUGUUUGACUUUGGGAUCUAUGGUGAUGCAAUAACCUAUAGCGUGACAUCUGCAAAGUUUCUAAACAAGUAUUUCUAUUGCCUUUGGUGGGGAUUGAGGGAGCUAAGUUCUUUGGGGCAAGCUCUAGUUACCAGCACUUAUGUGGGAGAAAUAGCUUUUGCCAUUCUUGUAGCAAUCCUUGGGUUGGUCCUCUUUGGGCUCCUUAUUGGCAAUAUGCAAACUUACUUGCAAUCAACAACUGCAAGAUUGGAGGAAUGGAGAAUUAAGAGAACAGAUACUGAGGAAUGGAUGAGGCAUAGGCAGUUGCCACAAGAGCUGAGGAAUUGCAUCAGAAGAUAUGAUCAGUAUAAAUGGAUGGCCACUAGAGGGGUGGAUGAAGAGGCUCUUCUCAAAGGCCUUCCUAUGGAUCUGCGCAGGGAUAUAAAGCGCCAUCUUUGCCUCGAUCUUGUCAGAAGAGUUCCGCUUUUCGACGAGAUGGAUGACCGAAUGCUGGACGCCAUCUGUGAGCGCCUGAGGCUAGCCCUCUGCACGGAGGGCACGCAUGUGGUGCGGGAGGGGGACCCCCUUGACCACAUGCUUUUUGUAAUCCGAGGCCACCUUGAGAGCUCCACCACCAAUGGCGGCCGUACUGGCUUCUUCAACACCAGUCGCCUCUCCCCAGGGGACUUCUGUGGGGAGGAGCUCCUCACUUGGGCCCUUGACCCCACCCCUGCUGCUGCACUCCCUGCCUCCACCCGUACCAUCAAAGCCCUCGUAGAAGUCGAGGCCUUCGCCCUUGGCGCUGACGAUCUUAAAUUCGUCGCUGCACAGUUUAGGAGGCUGCACAGCAAGCAAUUAAGGCACAGGUUCCGGUUCUAUUCGCACCAAUGGCGAACAUGGGCAGCCUGUUUUAUACAAGCGACAUGGAGGAGGCAUAAGAAGCGGCAAAACAUGGGGGAGCUUUGGGCUAUGGAGGAGGGGUCGGUGCCGGUUACACUGCCUAAGAUGGGAUUCGCCGAAUAUGCAUCAAGGUUGGCUGCCAGUGUCCGGAAGACGGGACCGAUUCUGGGUUUGAAUGGCUCUACUACUGGGUCUGGUGGCACUUUGUUGCAGAAGCCCAGUGAGCCAGAUUUCGGGCUGGAGGCGGUUGCGGAGGCUGAUGAACAUGAUUGAAAAGGGUGACUCUACAGGAAUUGGAGGUGGCCGCGCCACCUGGUUUGGUGGUUAUUGGUUAGUUCUUACAGUCUUGAGCUCUUAUUAUUGCCUUAAGGCUCACUUGUUGGGUGGACAUGGUUAAUUACAAAAGUAGUUGAGAGAUUCACUGGUUGGUGCUCAUUGGAUAGGUAUUAUGGUUUGAGGUGAGCUAUAACGUGGGAUUUGUAUGUAUGUAUGUAUGGGUAAGUUAUGGAGCACAAUGAGAGCACCCAUGGAGUUAUGUAUGGAUUAUUAUCUUAUAUUGAAUGAGAAGGCGACCCAUCUAUUCUCGUCUAA